AUGGAGUUGAAAGGGAAGGCUUUAGUCUUCCUCGUGGUCGCUUGCGUGGGAGUGGCUGCUGUAGCUUCAGCUGCCAAGGAGCCGACCAUCAAUGGCCCUGUGAUUGGCGUGGAUCUUGGGACCACUUACUCUUGCGUCGGCAUCUACAAGCAGGGCAGAGUGGAGAUACUUCCCAACGACCAGGGAAAUCGUAUCACACCCUCAUAUGUGGCGUUUACAGAUGAUGAGCGGCUCAUCGGCGAGGCCGGAAAAAACCAGGCCGCGGUAAAUCCGACACAAACCUUGUUUGACGUGAAACGCUUGAUGGGGAGGCGCUUCAAGGACUCUACCGUGCAGGAGGACAUGAAGCUGCUACCCUUCAAGAUUGUGGAGAAGGGCGGGAAACCGAUGAUCAGCGUCAAGGUGAAGGGUGCGGAGAAGAUCAUGCCUCCGGAGGAGGUGUCCUCCAUGGUCCUGGCAAAGAUGAAGGAGACAGCUGAGAACUAUUUGGGCCAGGAGGAGAUACAGACGAAGCAGAAGGAGAUCGAAGAUCUUUGCGCUCCCAUCGUCUCUAGAUACUAUGGAGCGGGCACAGGCAGCCCAGGUGAGGAGGACGAAGCCCAUGACGAGCUGUAG